AAAAAGGAAAAUCACGGACAAAAGGGCGGUACAAGAUUCAAAAAUCAGUACACCACCAAGUGGAAGUGGAGAGAGAAAGUCGACCCGGUGGCUGCGUUCCUCACCAUUUUCAUUUCUUUUUUUUAAUUUUAUAUUUGGUUUUUAAAAUUUUGUUCUUUUGUUUUAAAACUCGAGUAGAGUAGCAGCCACUCUACUCUACUCUACUCUUCUUCCAACUCUUUUCACUAUAUAUAUUUUAAUAUAUUUAAGCAAUUCAAAAAUUAAAACAUAAAAAAGGUGAGGGUGAGAUCAAAAUUCAAAGCCAAAGGCAAAAACGAGAAGGAAGGAAAGUUCCAGAUCAAGGGAGGGUCAAGAGUAGGACAGAAAAGGCGUAAAAACGGAGGAAUCGAAGGUGGUUCUCCUUUUUUGGUUUAUUUAAUCAGAAGCAUUUCUAUUUUUUGGUAGUUUUGAGAGUGGAAUUAGAGAAAAACCCAAACAAAAAUGGAGAGGAGCACUCCAGUGAGGAAACCACACACUUCCACAGCAGAUCUGCUCACUUGGUCCGAAACUCCUCAACCCGAUUCCCCUGCCUCCGCCCCUCGCUCCACUCGCCCUCACCAGCCGUCCGAUGGGAUCAGAAAAGUGGUGUUUGGAGGUCAAGUGACGGAUGAAGAAUUUGAAAGCUUAAACAAACGGAAACCUUGCUCUGGAUAUAAAAUGAAGGAGAUGACCGGUAGUGGAAUUUUUGCAGCCAAUGGAGAAAAUGAUGAAUCAGAACCAGGCAGUGCCAAUCCCACUCCAAACAGCAAAACAGGACUACGAAUGUACCAGCAAGCACUAGCUGGAAUCAGUCACAUCUCAUUUGCCGAGGAAGAAAGUAUUUCCCCACGAAAGCCAACUACUCUUACUGAGGUGGCGAAACAGCGUGAGCUAAGUGGAACACUAGAAAGUGAGGAUGCAAAGUUGAAGAAGCAGCUCUCUGAUGCAAAGUGUAAAGAGCUUAGUGGACAUGACAUCUUUGCUCCCCCACCUGAAAUUUUACCGAGGCCUACAACUGUACGUGCAUUGGCAUUGAAGGACAAUUUUGACAUGGGCGAACCUGAUCUACAUAAUCCUGCUGGAGGUAGCAUGUCAAGUGAGGAGACUGCGGUUAAGACAGCGAAGAAAAUCGACAAUAAGAAAUUUGCUGAGCUUUCAGGAAAUGACAUAUUUAAGGGUGAUGUUCCUCCAGGUUCUGCUGAGAAACCACUCAGUGUGGCAAAACUACGGGAGAUGAGUGGCAGCAACAUCUUUGCUGAUGGGAAGGUGGAGUCUCGAGACUACCUUGGUGGUGUACGCAAACCCCCUGGCGGCGAAAGCAGCAUUGCUUUGGUUUAACAUCUUAGGCCUAACUCCAUCAUUUUGCUCUAGUGUGUCUGGUGUUUUCUGUUAUCUUUAGUGGGGGUGUGAUUAUAAUUAUAUUAUUUGACAUUUUCAUUCUGGGUUUGGGGCAUUAUGUUUUAGGUUUAACAUGUCAAGUUGAGCUAUGGACCUACCUAUGCUAAUUGCUUUGUUUGUCCAUAAUCUUGUGUUUUUCAGUCCCAUCUUGGUGAAGGUAUUGGGCUGUUUCAGAUUUAAUUUUUAUUGCUUAGUGCUACAUUUUAUAAUUAUAUUGUUUGUGUGAGUUCUUAAUUGACCUACAUAUUUGGACUUAUUUUGUUAAGCUCUUAAUUUAAACCCCCCUUUCGUUGAAUUGAGAGUAUUUGACCAUCAAAACAUCCUAGGAUAAAGUCUGAGGGUCAAUUUAUUUGUUUUUAAUUGGAGGCAGUGACUCGGAAGAAGAGCUAGGGAGUUGUUCAAAUGGCCUCAAAUUGGUGCCAUUUCUCGGGUUAAAUCAGCACUGACCAAUUUGUCGAAGAUAGGGGGAAUGGAGAUGGUAGGUGGCAGGGUGAGAGACUUGAGAGGGGUGACUGAACCAUUAAUGUCCAUAUCAUUGUCUCAUAUCUGACAAUCAGCAAGCUGUUGGUUUGGCAAAAUGGAAUUUGGCAUUUAAGGAGUGCAUGGGUAUGAUUAAUCGAUCAGUGCCACGUUUUUGUCAAUACCUUCGUCUUAGUUUAGUGGUCACUGCUGUCUGGUACCUGUUUGUUUACAUGUUUUUGGGCAAAUGCAAAUGGUACAAGUCAGUGGCAAAUACAGAACAAAUUUUUAUUAUCAUUUGAUUGGUUAGUGUUUUUAUU